AUGUCGAUGCUCAGCGUAACAGUACUCACCAUCUUGUGGCUUGGGCAAUCAGCCAGGGUGGUUUGGACUCAGGGCCCUCUUCCAGCCCCCUCCCUCUCUUUCCACCGCUCCAGUUCUGGCCGCAACAUCGAACUUUUCUCAGACGUGGAGCUGAUAUGCACUCUUCCGAUAAAUGUUCGCUUUCCAGUAACUGUCUCUUUUGGCUGGGACAACCAAUCCCUCUCUGCGAUAGAUUCCCUCACUAUACAAUCCAGAGACAAUGUCAGGUUCACCACGAAAGCCAUUGCAGCCAAUGAGGGGAUCUACGUAUGCUGGUACAAUGCCACCAGUACUGGAGACGUGUCGGGAACAAGCAAUCCAGCCAACCUCACCAUCUCCUCUCUCCCAGCGCCAAAGUUGGUUGUGCCCGCCUUCAUACCCAUUGGAGGAAACUACACCGUGAACUGCCAAACUACCACCCACUUCCCCAACAGAACCCUGGCCCUUUACUACAGAGAGCUGCCUGUUACUGUGGGAAAUGAGAUCUUUAAGCUUAGGGGGUUAGCGGCCCUGCUUGACAUCCACGAUUCCAUUACACUGAGCAGGUGGCUAGUGGACGGCACAGAAACCUUUGAGUUUGUCUGCAGACUGGAGAUUGUGGACUUCAACCAGCAUAUUUACCUCUCUCCUCCCUCCAGUCCCCUCCCAGCUAUUGCAGAGGAGGCCCCUAUCCGUCUUGUGCCCCAGUAUCAGGGCUCCGAGUGUCUGGGACAACUGGAGGUGCAGGUCAGAGGCAGCUGGGGCCCUGUGUGCCAAGACAGAGUUUCUGUCCAACAGUUAGAAAGCUGGAACCGGGCAAUGGGUAGCGUGGUUUGUCGAGAGCUGGGCUGUGGGACACUAUUUUCCGUCUCGACGAAGCAAGACUACAACCGUAAGGUUGAUGACUUCUCCAUGGGGUCCAUUUUGUGCAGAGGAAGUGAGGGACGACUCAGGGAGUGUCAGAUUGAUGAGGUGCAGCCCCUUUGUAGCUUAAGGAAGGGGGUGAAAAUGGUUUGCUCAGAUGCUCUGCCAACUCCCAAGAUCUCAGUCACAGGCUACAGAGAGGUAUCUAGAGUCGACAUCAGUGAUGAGCACUCGUUGGAAUUGUCCUGCAUGUUCAAUGCCCCUUGGUUUGGUACGGAAAAGCUUUCCAUGUACUUGACGAGGGUCUCCACAGAGUCGUACAUUAACAUAAUCGACAAUGAGCCAAUCGCCUCAGGAGAGGAGUUGAGGACCAUGCUUCAUGCCCCUGUCAUAUCAGGGGAGUAUGCCUGUAGAAUUAUAAGGUCUGAACAGACUGGGUCCUCAGUGAGGAUCUUCGUGAGCAAAUGGCACAAACCAAAUGUUGGACUCAUCAUCACAGCUCUCCUCACAACCGUAUCUGGAGUGGCCAUAUUAGUGUAUAUGUGUGUCUAUCGUGUCCAGAAGGGGGAGACAACAAAUGCUGUCACUUCUCAGGGGGUGUCCACAGCUGGCCCAGAGGCACCAGGAAUGGAGGGAGUGUCCAGAAACAUGCAGGAAGCUCUCUCCGAAAACCUCCAUACAACCCCUGUGCAGUAGAUCGUUUUUGUGUAUUUACAAUUCAAUUAAAUGUAUGGACCUGUCUGAAACUUCACCCUAAACCCUAUAUAGUGCCCUACUUCCUACCAGUCAUGUGACUAUGGUGAAGAUGUUGUGCACAAUAAAGGGACCCACUAGGCACAGACUGGUUGAAUCAAUGUUGUUUCCAUGUCAUUUAAAUUAAAUUAUGUUGAACCAACGUGGAAUGACGCUUAAUUUACGUCUGUGCUCAGGGGGGAGUAGGGUGACAUUUGUGAUUUGCCCUAUAAGGGAUUCCUCAUGAAACUAGAACAAAAAAAAAUACAAUGAUUUUUGGGAUUUUCAUUACAUUUACUCUACGAGCAUAUCGAAGUUCCAGAGUGGGAUCUCUGCUAGUCUUAAAGUUAUGGCCCAUUUUAUACAGAGAAAUUGGCAUAGUAGGCAAUGUAACCAAUCACAGCCCUCCUUGUACAUCCUGCAAAUCACCAGCACAGAGGGCGACCAUUUGUUAAAUCAAUUUUCAUAUUCACUCUGUUGGUAAUGCUUACAAAUUGGAUCAUAACUCUAAAAGUAGCAGAGAUCCCACUCUGUAAUGUACUUUUCAAUAUUUAUACAUUUAUGUUAGAAAUGUGUUAUUGAAAUCAAAAUACUACUCAUAUUACAGAGCAAGUGGUAAAGCUUCAUAUGACGCCAACUUUUGCUUUGUAGCACCUACAGAUUAAACAUUAUGGAGUCUUAAAGGAGGCCUGGGUAAGGCCUAAAUGUCACAAAUAUUCUAACUUCAAUUAAUUAUUUCCCAGUUAUAUUUUAAGACACAAGUGUCAAAUAUAUGUCAACAAUCCUUCCUCCAAAGGACGCUUCUAUGGUCUUUUUUUGUUCUAGUUUCAUGAGGAAUCACUCAUAUGUCUGUGAUUAUGCUUCUUUAUUGCAAUCUAAUAAGACUGUCUUGAGUAGGAGAGGAAGUCAUAAAUAGUUCAAUCAAACUCAAUUGUUGUAUAUGAAAUGAAUGUGAAAUAAAACAUUGGAUGUUAUGUGUUUGAGUGUUGUGUCCCUUCAUAAGACAAUGACUGAUAACUAACUGGGUUUUUGAGUGCUUGUUGUAUUUGUCAAAUGAUCAGUAUUUUAUGAAUACGCAGUUAUCAGUUUAAUGGGGUUUAAUACUCUGAAAUUCCAAAAUGCUCAACAUUGUAGUUUCAUUUGAUCAAAGGAGGUGCUAGAUGGUGCCAGAGACGCAUGUGAAGCACACAAAAUUCAGAAAAAAGGCAAACAUUAAUAAAUAAAAAAUAGUAAAAGAGACAGCAGACAGUGAUUUUAGAUCGCAGAUUUAUUCAAUUUGUUCUUUUUGGUGUUAAAAAGUCAAUUUUCACAAAUUAUGUAGGUUGUUGAGAAAACUUUCACAAAUAAAUCUGGUUUCCUUCUAAUGGUCAUAAAAAUCAAAA